CAGUGGACAGAAGUAAACCAGAAGAUGAGGCAAGGACAUGGGAAGACAACAUCAAACCAUAUAUGAAAAAGAGGAAUGAAGAUCAUGAGGAUAUGACUACAACUUUGAGCAAUGAGGUUCCUCUGUCCAACAUGGACUCACCUAUUACAGCAGUUGAUGUACCAGAAUCUGAAACAAAUCCAUAUUCUGAUUAUACUGUCGGUCAAUCAACACACUCAGCUAAACAAGAAGAAUUCUGGACACCGAAAGAAGACUUAAAUCUGCAGACUCCCAGAAAAAAACUCACUGCUCUAGACAGACUGAUAGACAAAAGUGACCAACCUGAGUUUUCUCCAAUAGAGACUGAAGCAACUAGAUGGUCAGAUCCAUCUGAACAAAGUGUAAAGCACAGUCCUAGACCUGGGUUUGACAGCUAUGAGUCAGCUGUGCCUUCCAGCCAUGCAGACACUGUACAAGCACCCGCAGAGAGCAGUGCCCAUACAAAAGAAUCAUCUGUGUCAAACAGAGAAACACCAUUCCAUUCAGAGGACAACUAUGAUGCACAUGAUGCUAAUAAGAGGCAGAGGAACCCAUUUUCAAGGAAUUCAUCGAAAUUGCUAUCAGAAAUACUGCAGGGUGUUAAAAAUCCACAAACAGACAGCAGUAAAAAUGAAACAAAUUCAGACAUAAUGGCUGAGCAAAAUCCGAUAAAUGCAAAUGUUGACAGCAAAUCUCCUGACAUGGAUAGUCUGUUUACUUCAAGAUCUUCAGAUUUAAAACCAGUUGCAACUGAUACAAAGAUCAGUGAAUCAAAGGGGAAAUGUCAAGAGAAAGAUAAUAUCAUUGACCAGAGUUCUGAACCAGAUAAACCAAAAGGUUUAAUGAACAACAGAACUGGCCAAAUCAAACAGCCAGGGGAAUAUAGCAAUGACGCACCAAAUUUAAUAUUAGGAAGAGGAGAGACUGAGCAUUCAAAGAGAAAAGGCAUUUUAAAGCGUAGUCCAAGUAGCAGCUCCACUGAGUCAGAAAACCUUUCCAAAUGGACUCCAAUUCGGUCCAUGGAUGACUCGGGUGCAUUGCCAGAACAGUCCGAGGAUUCCGAAGGCACCUCAAAGACGGAGACAGGUAGCAAGCAGGUGAGGUUCUCUGCUAACAUGAUAAAGAAGCCACUGACAAAUAUAGCAGAAGGGCAGAAAACUGAUGAAUCUCAUAACUUUUCAUUGAUAAUGGGAGAAGAAAAUUCCGUGCCAUGGCAAGAAGACACUAAUGCCAGUGUUUACUCCCCAUUGUCUCAAAAAUAUGAAAAUGAACCAGAUGUUGAUCAGAUUUUGACUGACAAAGGAACAACCGAACAGGAACAUUUACCAUCACAAAAAUGGAGAGAUGACUCGGAGGCACAGCAGAAAAGCUACCAAGGUAUACUUGUAAUUUAG